UUUGAACUGGUCCUAAAAAUCAUGGAUAAAAGAGUGAAAUACGUAGUUGAUAAGAAUACUUUGGGCAUAUACAUUAUAUAUACAAGUUACAUGUGCACUAGGCACAGAAACAAGAGCGGAAGUUAACACAGUCACAGAAGACGAGACCAGAAAAAGAAGAGAGAAAUGGCGAGCGGUAAGUGGAUGUUCUUUUAUGUAGCAGUAAUGGUGAUGGUUCUGCAAUGGUUGGGGAAUAAUCAUAAUUUAGCUGAGGGAUAUCCAGAAGAAGAUUUGGUCACGAAGCUGCCUGGGCAACCGGAAGUUGCAUUCAGACAGUUCGCUGGCUAUGUUGAUGUCGACAUCAAAGCUGGUCGGAGCCUCUUUUAUUACUUUGUGGAAGCUGAGAAGCAACCACACACAAAACCUUUAACCCUUUGGCUCAAUGGAGGGCCCGGAUGCUCUUCCAUUGGGGGAGGAGCUUUUACAGAGUUGGGUCCAUUUUACCCCGCUGGAGAUGGUCGUGGCCUCCGCAGAAACUCCAAAUCUUGGAACAAAGCCUCAAAUCUGUUGUUUGUGGAUUCACCGGCUGGAGUAGGAUGGUCUUACUCGAACACAACUUCAGAUUACACCACUGGCGAUGAAUCCACCGCCAAGGAUAUGCUGGUGUUCUUGUUAAGAUGGUUAGAAAAGUUUCCAGAAUUCAGGACACGAAACCUCUUUCUCGCUGGUGAAAGCUAUGCUGGACACUAUAUACCUCAACUAGCUGAUGUAAUACUUGAAUACAACUCAAGACACUCAAAUAGAUUCAAGCUAAAGGGUAUUGCAGUCGGUAAUCCGCUUCUGAAGCUUGACCGAGAUGUUCCAGCCACGUAUGAGUUCUUCUGGUCACACGGGAUGAUCUCUGAUGAACUUGGCCUCACUAUCAUGAACCAAUGCAACUUUGAAGAUUACACAUUCUCAAGUUCACACAACAUAAGCAAACCUUGUGAAGACGCAAUGAGUGAAGCAGGAACCAUAAUCACUCAGUACGUUAAUUACUACGACGUGCUCCUUGAUAUCUGCUAUCCGACCCUUGUCGAGCAAGAGCUCAGGCUCAAGAAAAUGGGUACAAAAAUAAGUGUUGGGGUGGACGUGUGCAUGAGCUACGAAGAGCAGUUGUAUCUGAGUCUUCCUGAGGUUCAACAGGCUCUUCAUGCUAACCGAACAAAUCUGCCAUAUUCAUGGUCUAUGUGCAGCGGCCUCUUGAACUACAGUGACACUGACGGGAACAUGAACAUACUUCCGAUUCUUAAGAGAAUCCUGACGAGGAAAAUCCCUAUUUGGGUCUUCAGUGGGGAUGAAGAUUCAGUGAUUCCUCUUCUAGGUUCAAGGACUCUUGUAAAAGAAUUAGCAGAGGAUCUCAACUUCAACACUACAGUUCCCUAUGGAGCUUGGUUCCACAAAGGACAGGUUGGCGGAUGGGUAAUAGAGUAUGGGGAUAUACUGACAUUCGCAACUGUCAGAGGAGCUGCUCAUAUGGUGCCAUACGCGCAGCCUUCACGAGCUUUGCAUUUGUUCAGCAGCUUUGUGCUUGGCCGGAGAUUGCCAAAUAAAUCACCUCCUCCUCUUCAUGAUUGAAAGGGGAAGGCUUUUCUUUUUUUUUGUUUGGAGUUGGUCAAAAUGGUGGUUUAAGUCUAUGAACAAUGCAGUGCAUGUUUUGUUCUUUCUUUAAAUGUAUUGCUCUUGGAGAUGGGAUUCGUUAUUUCAGUUAGAAGCAUUAUUGAAUGCGUCAUAAUAUAUGU